GAGCGUGGCAGGAGAGAGAGAGAGAGAGGGAGAGAGAGAGAGAGAGAGAGAGAGACGCUCCAGCAGACCCGACCGACGAGCGCACGCAGAAAUGGCGGAGCAUCACGCAGCCAGCGACGGCAAGCACAAAGCGUCCAGCACCGCGAACGCCGGGGGCUCGGUGCACGGGAACAGCCGACCCGGCUCCACGGGUGGAGGAGGAGGAGGAGGAGGUGGUGGAGGGGGAGGAGGGGGCAGAGGAGGCCUGUCUGGCGGACUGACACAGCCGGCCGGGUGGCAGUCUUUACUCUCCUUUAGCAUUCUUUUCCUGGCCUGCCUGGCAGGAUUCAGCUCCAGACUUUUCGCCGUGAUCCGGUUCGAGAGCAUCAUCCACGAGUUUGAUCCCUGGUUCAACUACAGGUCCACACAUCAUCUCACCACCAAUGGCUUCUACGAGUUCCUCAACUGGUUCGACGAACGGGCGUGGUACCCUCUGGGCAGGAUCGUCGGCGGCACGGUGUACCCCGGGUUAAUGGUGACGGCGGGUCUCAUCCACUACGUGCUCAACCUGCUCCACAUCACGGUGCACAUCCGCGACGUGUGCGUCUUCCUGGCGCCGGUGUUCAGCGGCCUGACCGCCAUCUCCACCUUCCUGCUGACCCGGGAGCUGUGGAACCAGGGCGCCGGGCUGCUGGCGGCCUGCUUCAUCGCCAUCGUGCCGGGGUACAUCUCCCGCUCCGUCGCCGGCUCCUUCGACAACGAGGGCAUCGCCAUCUUCGCCCUGCAGUUCACCUACUACCUCUGGGUGAAAUCGGUGAAGACGGGCUCAGUGUUCUGGACCAUCGGAUGCUGCCUGUCCUAUUUCUACAUGGUGUCGGCGUGGGGAGGCUACGUGUUCAUCAUCAACCUGAUUCCCCUGCAUGUGUUCGUGCUGCUGCUGAUGCAACGCUACAGCAGGAGAGUCUACAUCGCUUACAGCACCUUCUACAUCGUGGGGCUCGUACUGUCCAUGCAGGUCCCGUUCGUUGGCUUCCAGCCAAUCCGGACCAGCGAGCACAUGGCGGCAGCCGGUGUGUUCGCGCUGCUCCAGGCCUACGCCUUCCUGCAGUACCUGAAGGACAGGCUGACCAAACAGGAGUUCCAGACGCUCUUCUUCCUCGGAGUCUCGCUCGCCGCCUGCGUGGUCUUCCUCACCGUGAUCUAUCUCACAUACACAGGAUACAUCGCUCCGUGGAGUGGCCGUUUCUACUCUCUCUGGGACACCGGCUACGCAAAGAUCCACAUCCCCAUCAUAGCGUCUGUGUCGGAGCACCAGCCCACGACGUGGGUGUCCUUCUUCUUCGACCUCCACAUCCUGGUCUGCACCUUCCCGGCGGGCCUCUGGUUCUGCAUCAAGAACAUCAACGACGAGCGCGUCUUCGUGGCCUUGUACGCCAUCAGCGCCGUGUACUUCGCCGGCGUGAUGGUGCGCCUGAUGCUGACUCUCACGCCGGUGGUGUGCAUGCUGUCGGCGGUGGCGUUCUCCAGCGUCUUCGAGCACUACAUGGGCGACGACACCAAGAGGGAGAAGCCCCCGGCCGAGGACAGCAGCGACGAGGACGACAAGCGGAAUUCUGGGAAUCUCUACGACAAGGCCGGUAAGGUGAGGAAGCACGUGUCGGAGCAGGAGAAGGCGGAGGAGGGCCUGGGCCCCAACAUCAAGUCCAUCGUCACCAUGCUGAUGCUCAUGCUGCUCAUGAUGUUCGCCGUGCACUGCACCUGGGUCACCAGCAACGCCUACUCCAGCCCCAGCGUGGUGCUCGCGUCCUACAACCACGACGGGACGCGCAACAUCCUGGACGACUUCAGGGAGGCGUACUACUGGCUGAGGCAGAACACGGACGAGCACGCCCGCGUCAUGUCCUGGUGGGACUACGGCUACCAGAUCGCCGGCAUGGCCAACCGCACCACGCUGGUGGACAACAACACCUGGAACAACAGCCACAUAGCGCUGGUGGGGAAAGCCAUGUCUUCCAACGAGAGCGCGGCCUACGAGAUCAUGAAGUCGCUGGACGUGGACUACGUCCUGAUCAUCUUCGGGGGCGUGAUCGGGUACUCGGGGGACGACAUAAACAAGUUCCUGUGGAUGGUGAGGAUCGCCGAGGGAGAGCACCCCAAGGACAUCAGGGAGAGCGACUACUUCACUCCUCAGGGGGAGUUCCGGGUGGACAAGGCCGGCUCGCCCACUCUGCUCAACUGCCUCAUGUACAAGAUGUCCUACUACCGCUUCGGGGAGAUGCAGCUGGACUUCAGGACGCCGCCGGGCUUCGACCGGACGCGCAACGCCGAGAUCGGCAACAAGGACAUCAAGUUCAGGCACCUGGAGGAGGCGUUCACCUCGGAGCACUGGCUGGUCCGCAUCUACAAGGUGAAGAGUCUGGACAACCGCGAGCCGCUGGACCACAAGCCGCGCAGCGUGGCGCCCAAGCAGAAGUACACCUCCAAGAAGACGGCCAAGAGGAAGCGAGGACACAUCAAGAACAAACUGGUCCUGAAGAAGGGCAAGAAACUGCAAAAAAAAUAAUGCAGACCGAGAACUUUAGGAAAACAAACGUGAAGAAAUAACCUGGAAUAACCAAUGAAGAAGAGGAGGAGGAGGAGGAGGAGGAGGAGGGCCGUUUAGCUGGCACUGGCUGGCCCGGGCGUCUCGUCGGAGCGCCCUCGUGUGUCGAGGAAGUGUCACAUCCGGCUCGCUCCUGUUUUAUCCCCAGGAUGUAGUUUCUUUUUCUCUGUUUUCUCUGGACUCGCUUUUCUUCCCCCGUUCUCUCUUUGUUUUUUUUUUUUGUUCUUCUUCGUACUUGAAUGUGCGGCGAAGGCGCCGGACCGCUCCGCUCCGACCGCUCAUCUCGUUUUCCGUCAGUAAAAAAAAAAACUGCUUCUCAGCGCAGGGAUGGGGGGGUGAAGAGGAAAACCCGAGGGGAACAUUUUGCACCAAAGACCCAUCGAGCCUUGCUCCGCGGCACAUGUCGAACUUGGAUACCUGAGGAGCGGCGGCGGCGGCGCCGGAAGGCCGAGGAUCUGGUUCCUGACGCGUGUACAGAGGACAGUAUGCGGUAUGGAGGAACGCCGCCGUCUCGACGCGGCACGACUGUAAUAUUUCCCUUUCUAUCAGCGCCGUCAUCUCUCCCCGUUCGUCUGCCUGGCUCCCCCAACCUCACACCUGUUCAGAAGAAGGAAAUUGGCCUAAUGUGUAAAUAUGUGAUGUAAAGAAAAUGUCUAAGAGGAAGCUAAUAUAUUGGAUCGUUGUGAUUUUUUUUUUUCUUCUUUUAAUUUCUUUGUGAUUGUUUCAUUUCUUUUGUAUGACGGCAAAUAGAACCGUGAAUGCAAUAAUUCUUGUACAGAGGGGCUCCAGAUUGUGGUGAAAGAUUUUGAAUGUGAAUUUUUUUACACCCCUUCCCCCCCUUUUCUCUCUCUAUCCACACCUUUUUUUUUUUUUUUAUCAUCAAUUGCAUAGAUUGUACAUUUCAGCUGCUCGGGGUUUUCAAGACGGAAGCUAGCAACUGUGUGUAAAAAGUAGUGAUAAUAAAUUGGGCCUCCCGUCCUGCAGGGGGAGCUCUCUAGCUGAAGCCUAGUGCCUCGUCGCUGCCGGCCACCUUCUCCGACCUUUUCAGUUCUAAAGUGUGUUUUCUUUGAGGAGAGUCAACAGGAAGUGUCGCAGGGCGAGGUUUAACUUCACACACACAUCUCCACAAGUCUCUGGAGCGGCGUCCCAUUUUCAGACUGUGUGCUCGCUCAGACAGCAGAGCAUCAACCAGGCAACAAAACAAAAAACACUGAACAGCAGUCAUUCUGAGGGAAAAUCAUCUCCAGCCGUCACAUUUUCCUUUCCUCAACUUAGAAAAUCAUCUUAAAGAGUCGAGUUUUGCCUGUUGUUUAUUUUACCUGCAGGUAAACAGAAAACCCAGACCUGUGACGACUCAAGUCGAUUAAUAAAAACUGUUCGGUGAUUAUUCCUCAUUUCCCUCUACGACAUUUACUUUAAAACACAUUAUGUUCAAUUCUGUUUUCUUUUUAUUAGCAGAAAUAGUGCGCUCGUUUUCUCCAUCGAUGAAUCAAUCAGGUGUUUUUGUAGAAAAAUGUGCUUCAGUUUCCCAAAAAGCCCCGAGAUAACAGCUUCAAUUGUCACCGUUUAGAAACAGUUUUCUAAACUCAAAAAAAUGAGGAAAUCGUGAAAUUACUGCUGAUUGUUAAACAACGGUUACUCCCGGGGAAGAGUUUGCUUUAAAAAAUAAAUCGCUGAGACUUUAAAUUGGUAACUAAAGCUGUGAUUUUACUUUUUGCCUAUUUUGUGAAAUCAUGUUUUCCCAUCAUGCAUGAUUAUUUAUUGAAAUGAAAAAAAAAAUAUAUUGUCAACGACACCAAAACAAGCUAAAUCCUGACUUUUAGAGCCAAAUCUGCUGCAGACCGCAUUUCCAAAACUAUUCCUCCAGUUCUGUUGUAUUCUGUAUUUCACCCAAUAUUUUAAAAAUUAAAUAAGCAACAGUUAAAAAAAAAAAAAUAAAAUGGUGAAAUUGAAAACUGCUGCAGACUGCAUUUCCCAUGAUGCAUGUUGAUUAAAUUAAAGAAGCUCUUAGGAUUUUCUCUCUGUUUCAGACAAUAUUUCAAACAAGUAAACAGUUAGCUACAUUUCCCACGAUGCAUCUGAGUUUAUUCUCAUCUUUUUGGAUUUCUUGUAUUUUAAACAACAAUCCAACCACAUAAUGAAUUACUUCUGAAACUGAUCAUGAAACAAA